AAGCCGGUUGCUGGGAGAGGGAGAAAGAAAGGGAGGAAGCGGAACACGGAAGUGGUGGGAACGCUAGGGGAGCAGGUGGAGGCGGUGACCGCGACGUCUGAGACGAAAGCCCAGCGUCGAGGGGUGGGAGCUUGCAGAAAGGCAUCCGCCUUGUAGGACCUACAUGAGGUGCAGGACUGGCUGGGCCUCCUUAUUCACCUCAGCGAGCACCCAGACUGAUGGCGAUGGUGAUGGCGGCAGUUACUCGGACAGCCCCAGUUAAACUGCGCUUAGAGAGAUCUUCUACCUUGGAACCUUGUGUCCUGUGUGGUUAUAGGGACAAGUUGAUCUCUAGCAGCUCCAGGUACAUCCAGGAAGUACCCAGAAGAAACUUCCUGCCAGAAAAACUGAAAAAAUAGUAUUUAUAACACUGGAAUUUAUGGCUUAUUGUUAAAAUGGCAGAAAAUAAUGAAAAUAAUAGUAAAAAUUUAGAUGUAAGGCCCAAAACUAGUCGGAGUAGAAGUGCUGACAGAAAGGACGGUUAUGUGUGGAGUGGAAAGAAGUUAUCUUGGUCAAAAAAGAGUGAAAGUUGUUCAGAUGCUGAAACAGUGAAUGCUGUAGAGAAAACUGAAGUUCCUUUAAGGAGCCAAGAAAGAAAGCACAGCUGUUCAUCCAUCGAAUUGGAUUUGGAUCAUUCCUGUGGGCAUAGAUUUUUAGGUCGGUCUCUUAAACAGAAACUGCAAGAUGCUGUGGGGCAGUGUUUUCCAAUAAAGAAUUGUACUAGUCGGAACUCUUCAGGGCUUCCAUCUAAAAGAAAAAUUCAUAUCAGUGAACUCAUGUUAGAUAAGUGUCCUUUCCCACCUCGAUCCGAUUUAGCCUUUAGGUGGCAUUUUAUUAAACGACACACUGCUCCUAUAAAUCCCAAAUCAGAUGAAUUGGUAAGCACAGACUUGUCUCAGAGUGAAUUGAGGGAUGGUCAGCUAAGACAAAGAAGAAAUGUGGAAGAAGAGAUGAACUGUUUCUCACAUCCCACUGUUCAGCCCUGUGUCAUAACCACCAACAAUGCUUCAUGUAGAGGUGGUCCUAUGACUGGGUCUGUGAUGAACCUGGUUUCAAAUAACAGUAUAGAAGAUAGUGACAUGGAUUCAGAUGAUGAAAUUAUAACACUUUGCACAAGUUCCAGGAAAAGAAACAAACCCAAAUGGGAAAUGGAUGAAGAAAUUCUGCAGUUGGAGACACCUCCUAAGUACCACACCCAGAUUGAUUAUGUCCACUGUCUUGUACCAGACCUCCUUCAGAUCAAUAACAAUCCAUGUUACUGGGGAGUUAUGGAUAAAUAUGCAGCUGAAGCUCUACUAGAAGGAAAACCAGAGGGUACCUUUCUACUUCGAGACUCAGCACAGGAAGACUAUUUAUUCUCUGUUAGUUUUAGACGCUAUAGUCGUUCUCUUCAUGCUAGAAUUGAACAGUGGAAUCACAACUUUAGCUUUGACGCACAUGAUCCUUGUGUCUUCCAUUCUCCUGACAUUACUGGGCUCCUAGAACAUUAUAAGGACCCAAGUGCCUGUAUGUUCUUCGAACCACUUUUAUCCACUCCUUUAAUUCGGACUUUCCCCUUUUCCCUGCAGCAUAUAUGCAGAACAGUUAUUUGUAACUGUACAACUUACGAUGGCAUUGAUGCCCUUCCAAUUCCUUCUUCCAUGAAAUUAUAUCUGAAAGAAUAUCACUAUAAAUCUAAAGUUAGAGUACUCAGGAUUGAUGCACCAGAACAAUGCUAGGUAAAGAGUAGGAACAUGGGAAUUUAGUAUUUUUUUUCCUUAUGCCAUUUUGAAUUUUUCUACCAGGGCAGUUAAGAGUCCAAAAUAAACCUCUGCCCUAAAUUUUGCUUCCAGAUCAGUUUAUUUUUCUUAUGGUACGCUAAUCGUUUAAGGAUACACACUAGGGAUUAAUUGUUUAAGGUUACACACUAAGGAUAUUUGUGACCAGAUGUUUGGUGUUUGUUUUUACCAUGGUAGGGUGUAUACGUAAUGUUUUUUCUUAAUUGUAAUUUACAUAUGAUCCAGGGAUAUUUGAAUUUGGUAGGCAUUGUACACACAAAGAAUCUGUAUUUCAUACUUUCCUUUCGAAAUAAUCCCAUGUCCCUUCCUACAUGUAAGCCUUUCUUAGACUGUGCCCUUGGCAUUCCUAUACAUAAAAUACAGUUUUUCCAUCCCCCUUUUCAGAGCUUUAAAAUUCUUCAGUAAAGCUAAGUGUGUUGUAAUUCACAAUCCAUACUAAUGUAAUUGACUUUUGUAAUUUACUAAUAGGGAUGUUAAAGAUAACAAAAUGGCUUAAAAUCAAACUUGAUGUGUUUUCAUUUUAAAUAUUAACUAUAAAGCAGUAUUGCUAAAUUUGAUCUUGUCAGUAAGAAUCAAAUGAGAACAUUUUGGAGGUGAAUUUAUUCUACAAGUGGUGUGGUCAUUUGUUAUUCCUUAAAUAGAUCUUUCUCACAUCCUGGAGGAGUUACCAUCUUCAGAACAUAAAUAUUGUUCCUUUCUCACUGGAAGCUUUAAAAAUAAUGAGAAUACUAGUAGUUACUAAAGUACUAAAGUAACUAUCGGGCUACUUUUCUGUAUUUAUUUAUGAACUGUUGCUUUUACUUAGCCCAUUUAUAGAAACUCUGAGCCUAUUAUUUGGAGAGAUGCCACAAUUUAUAAACAGACACAAAUUUCCAUUGGUAACCAAAGACUACCUAAGUCGUUUUUCAUUAUUUUAAAUUGAGCGUGAAUAAAGAUUCAAAAAGUAAACUUAGUAUUCAGAGCUUAGUGUUCAGAAAGCUUAAUAUUGUUUUUGACCUUCGAGGUUCCAAUAAUUAUUCCUUAUCUUCAGAAUUAACAUGUCUUUACUGUGGUUUCAGAAAAAGGAAAACAUUUUGAGAGCCACAUGGUUUAUGCCAUACUGAAUAGUACUGGGAAGCAGGUCUAAUGUUUUAAAUUUAUUAUCCUGAGAACAGAAAAGCAUUUUUAGAAACAUUAUUAUCCCAGCAUAAUAGGUUAAAUGGAGUGAUACCCUAUCCAUCCCCUUUUUAAAAGAAUCCAUGAAUAAUAAAUUUCCUAGACAGUUGUUUCUUCUGGUGAGCUGUUUACCCCUUUGUAAACUGGCAUUUUUUAACAUCUUAGUAAUUGAUUUCUUGAUGCUAGUUUAGCUCUAAUAGGAUGCUUCUACCUGGGUUGAAAGAAAUUUGACUCAAAUUUCCCAGUUAGAACAAAUAUUUCUUAAGUAUCAUUGCUUUUAUGUUGAAGAAGCAUUUCCCUUUCAUGGAGUUCUGCUGCUAACAUAAAGAUGGCAUUUUUAAAUAAUGUUAAAAUAAAUUUUUAGCAAUUAUCGCAAAAUUAAACCAAGGAAAUCCGUUAUCAUUAUCUUCUAGCAUUUUUUUUCUCGGUGAUCUCAAGAUUGUCUUGGUUCCAAUGAAGGAUAGCUACUAAAAUAGCACUUCUCUUAGCAAUGAUGAGGCUCAGGACAUCAUAACACCAAUGUCAGGAUAACAUCUCUUCUGAAGAUGAUAUUUCCCUUUUACGAAAGAAAAAUCUCAUACUACCUCAUCUUUGUUGUGGCACUUUUGUAGAUCACUGAGAAGCUUAUCUUAUUUACCAAUAUAACACUUCCUAAAUAUGCAUCUUUGGUGAAAGAAAAUUAAUAGUAUGGUAAGACUACCCAUGAUUAUAAUUUUUUAUCAGAAUUUGAUAAUGAGACUUUCUGUUUCUGUGAAACAAUUAUUAUUUUAAAUAUUUUUCUUUUAAAAAUAACUUUUUAUCAGUACAGAAAACCUAAGGGAUGACAAGCUAACAAAUAUUCUAUUAAAAGGUAAUUUUAUAAAGAAAAAUGAAGCAUAAUUAUGUUAUCUUUUAUAAUGGUAAAAAUUAGUGUUUAUAUAAAAAUCAAGAUCGUAGCUUUUCAUAUAGUCACUCUGGUUGUGAUAUAUUUUCUCUGGCUUAUUUUUUCAACUUCAAGGUAGUGACAGCUGUUAACAUUUUCAAAAUACUGCCAUACAUAUAGCCUUGAAGGAGAUGAUCUAGUAAAUGAGAGCAGGGAAGAGACUCAUUUACUCUGAAAUGGUUCGUAUUUUUCCUUUGAUAUUUGCUACAGUGAAAAGUAAUCUGAAAAGUAGAAAUAUAAAGAUUUGAGAAGGGAGUUGUUUACCAUGAAGGAAGAAAGAAAAGAAUAAUAAUAAAUUUUUUAAAACAUUAAGAGAUUGGAAUUUAGAAAAGUUAACCCUUUUUUUCUCAGUUACUUUGUGAGGACAUAUUUGGAAGCGCAUUUGAUAUUCAGAAACUUUUAAAAAUGUAAUUAUUGGAAUAUAUAAAUCAAAUUAGUAAGUUUUGAGAGGAACAAUGUGGGAAGACAUAUCUAAAUAUAAAUUCUGUAACUCUAAGUUAGACGUUGUAUUUGAAAAGUGUAAAGUCUAGAAUUAAGAAAGCACUCAGCCUGAUAGAUAUAUGUAGAGCUCAUUGGUAAGAGAGUAGGAGACUAAAAGAAACAAGAUAAAAUAUUAAAAUUAAGAAUUUAGGCAUUACCUCAGGGGAGAGCCUUGACAGUGAAAGGGAACUACUUACACUAAUAGCUACUCUGGACCAAACACUUAGCUGUGCUUUGGGAAUCAUCCUGAACUAAUCAGGAAAUAAACUUGACUUUUCUGUUUCUCUCUGAAGCUUUUCAGGACAUUAACUGCACUCUCCCUCCCCCCUUUUUAAGCUACAGCAUCUACGUUCAUACUGUAAUUCCUGAAAUAUGCUGAUAGAUUUUUUUAGGUUCCUUGAGCAUUUUUUGUGCAAAUAAUCAUGUGAUCUUUCUAUCACCGUGCCAUUCACUUAAAUAAUGCAUGGAGGGAAUGGUUUAAUUUAAAGGAAGACCUAAUAGGAAGAAGAUUAAAGGAAGCUUUUAGCCUGUGGCUUGAUUUAUCGAUUUGGUGAUCAGACCUGUGUUCUUUCCUGAAUUUCAGCUAAUGGCAAACUGUGGUUAAAGAAUGACUUUCAGUUAAAGUUUUGAUUUACUAUUAUAAAUAAUAUAAAGAAUGUCUUAGUAAUUAGAAAUCUUUUUUAAAGUAGAACAAAUGUGGCAGACAGGACUCAUCAUUAUACAAAUUCCAUUUUUAUAAGAAAAACAAACCAUUAUCAUUUAUUCAUAAGCCAAAGCCAUUAAGAAGAUAAAUCAAGUUACCAGCUUCCUGUCUCUGAAGUUUGGAUCAUUUUAUAGAUCAACAUAAUAGAGAACAUCCUUCCUAUGAAACAAAAACCUUGAGACCUAACUCAAAUAUACUCUUAGUUUUCAUUUAAAAUAUUAUUUGCCACUUUUAAGCUAUUAUCAGAGUCAAAUCAGUUAUGUAUUGUUUUGAUAGAGCAAAUUUCACAGGAAAGUAGAUUUAGAAUAAUUAUAAGACAUUCCUGGAGACAACACAAGGAAAACUGUUUAAAUUUAAAAUACCCUAUGUGUUAGGUAAUUUAAUACCCAAAUGAAUAAAAGAUUUUAAGUCAAGCAAAUUAUUGUUUCUACUUUGGAAAAAAUUCUUUACAAUUUUGGUUUUAAUAUAAUGAGUUUUACAUUCAUUUUUAUUUCUAAAAAAUGAACAGAAAGCACAAAAUGUUUUACUUUUUAAUGGCCUACUAGAAAUGAGCAACACUACAAGAGUCUGUCUAUACUACUCUAAUACAUUAAGAUAUUAGACACUAAAUGGAGGUAACUUUGAAAUGGAUUGGCUUCUAAGUUGAAAUAUAGAUUAAUGGAUAUAAGCCAAUGGAAAGAGAUUAGGGCACAUGAAUCUUAUUUCAAAUAAAGCCAGAGUCUGUUUUUCCUUAACUUUUAAAUUUUGAAUAGGAUACUCAAUCCUAAGUUUUUCUUUGCCUUCAUUCCCUAGUAUAUAAAAUGUAGAUAAUACUUGUCACUAGACUUCUGAAGGUUAAUUCUUCAGUUAAGAGAUGACCCUUGGAGCAUACUUGAAAAUAAUUUCUGUAUAGCUGUUAAGUACUAAGGUGACAAUAGGUUUUCAGAGUAUCCCCUUAGUAGACCCUGCAAAUUCACAUUCACUUAUUUUAGUCUGUAAUAGGCUUUCUUGUCUGGAUAUGACAAUAAAGAUAACAGUACAAUUUGAAUUUAUGCUUUAGACUCAGUAACCGUAUUUCCCUAAAAAUUAGACCUAGCCGGACCAUCCGCUCUGAUGCAU